GAUUUUUUCGCUUGCACAACAGAAACUCAAGGAAACCCAAACAAAAAAAAAACCUAAAUUCCCCCUCCUUCUCACCUGCAUUGAUCGAUCGAUUGAUAUUUUGAUCAUCAAAAACCAAUCAAUCGAUCUAUGCAACCAUCUUCGUUUCUAAAAGAAAUUCGGUUCUUAGGUUUGAAUAAUCACAUAAUUGAUCAAAAAGAAAGAGGAAUUUUGAGAGGAUUUAAGAAAAUAUCUCCUUAUGAGCUGUCUAAAUCGUAAACAACAGCAGAAGCAGCAGCUACACUGCUCUUCUUCUUCUUCAUUGAGCAGUCUUUUUAGUCAUUUUAUUGCUGGAAUUCUGUUAUAUAUUCUUUACCAUUCUUCUCAAUUAAUUUCUAAUUUUCCUGUUCCUAUACACCAGUGAACGAUUCGUUUCUUCUUUCUUUCUUUUGACAAAACCGCGAGCGAUCCGUUGUUUUUUUUUUAAGAAUAAUAAUCCGUCGAUUUGGCUGAUUCUUCUGCGUGUUCUGAUAAUUUGUGUGGUUCAAAGAUGGAGAAUCUGAUCGAGAACGGCACUUUCAUUUCACAAGUUGAGAGGCCAAACAGUUCGCUUCCUACUGUCAUCGUGAUUGGUGGUGGUAUUUCAGGGCUUGCUGCUGCCCGAAGACUCCAUGAUGCAUCUUUUAAGGUGAUCUUGCUGGAAUCACGGGAUAGACUUGGUGGCCGCAUUCAUACUGACCAUUCAUUUGGCUAUCCUGUGGAUUUGGGAGCAUCAUGGCUACAUGGUGUUUGCAAUGAGAAUCCUUUGGCGCCGCUGAUACGAGGUCUGGGGCUUAAACUAUACCGUACUAGUGGAGACAACUCUGUAUUAUAUGACCAUGAUCUAGAGAGUUACACCCUUUUUGAUAAGGAAGGACACAAAAUUCCACAACAGAUGGUCAUCGAAGUUGGAGAUGCAUUCAAAAGAAUUCUUGACGAGACUGAGAAAGUAAGAGAUGAACACACAGAUGACAUGUCUGUUCUUCAAGCGAUUUGGAUUGUGUUGGAUAGGCAUCCAGAGUUAAGGCAAGAAGGACUUGCAUAUGAAGUGCUGCAAUGGUACAUCUGUAGAAUGGAAGCUUGGUUUGCAGCAGAUGCCGAUAUGAUAUCACUGAAAUCUUGGGAUCAGGAACAAGUUCUUUCUGGCGGUCAUGGUCUUAUGGUGCAAGGUUAUGACCCUAUAAUAAAGGCUCUUGCAAAAGAUAUUGAUAUAUGCCUGAAUCACAGGGUUGCAAAAAUAUCGAACGGGCCUAAUAAGGUGAUGGUCACUGUAGAGGAUGGAACAGGCUUUAUUGCUGAUGCAGCUAUCAUUACAGUACCCCUUGGGAUUCUUAAAGCAAACUUAAUUCAUUUUGAGCCAAAGCUGCCACAGUGGAAGGUUGAUGCAAUUUCAGAUCUUGGUUUUGGCAGUGAAAACAAGAUUGCAAUGCAAUUUGAUAGAGUAUUUUGGCCAGAUGUUGAACUCUUGGGUGUUGUUGCACCCACAUCUUAUGCUUGUGGUUAUUUUCUCAAUCUCCACAAGGCAACUGGCCAGCCUGUUCUUGUCUACAUGGCUGCUGGAAGGUUUGCUUGUGAUCUCGAGAAGCUAUCUGAUGAGUCUGCUGCAAACUUUGUCAUGUUGCAGCUGAAGAAAAUGUUUCCUAAUGCAACAGAACCGGUUCAAUAUCUUGUAACAAGGUGGGGAACAGACCCUAACUCACUCGGUUGCUACUCGUAUGAUCUAGUUGGAAAGCCUGGAGAUUCAUAUGAGAGACUCCGUGCACCAUUGGGCAAUCUCUUCUUUGGAGGAGAAGCAGUCAGCAUGGAGGACCAUCAAGGAUCCGUGCACGGAGCAUACUCGGCAGGAAUCAUGGCUGCCGAGAACUGUCAAGGACACAUAUUGGAGAGACUUGGCUACUUUGAUAAGCUCCAGCUAGUUCCCUCUAGGGGUGAAAUCCAUGAUGCUGCAUUUCCCCUCCAAAUCUCAAGGAUGUGAAAUUAUUCAACUGGUGAUGUCUGAACAAGAUUUCAUGACAUUUAUCCAAAGGUAAACGAGCAUCAUUCUCUGUGUUGGCGUUGCUAAACUUGAGAUGCACAUGUAACAUGCUCUGCUCUCUGUGAACCUCUCCAAGAACCUUUCUGCCUUUUAUUAUAUUAUCUUCAUCA